CAUUUUGUUCCCUCAAAUAACAACCCUGUUCCUAUCUGUCAUCCAUUCCAACCAACUGUCAUCUGUCAUUUGUAACACCGAACAGAAAGAAAAAAAAAAAAAAAUCCUUCUGCUGAAAAUGUCUCCAAAUCCAUCCUCGCCCACGGGUGGUGUCACCCCCAUGGCCAUCGGUGGCCGUAUGGUCCGCGAACGUGAACGUCUGGCUGGUAUGUCAGACGAGGAGCGUGCCUGGCGUAAACAAUGGGUAAAAGAUCAAGAACUCCACAAUGAACCACGCAGAGUUCCAGCUUUAGAUGCAGAAUUCCAAAAUCCCAUCCGACGAUUCUAUCGUGCUCCAUUGGAUAAGCUUUGUGAUGCUUUAACACCAUCAAUGGGCUUCCAAAAAGCAUUUGCAACACGCUUUUGGAUUGGCAAGGCCUGCCUAGCAUUGACUGGUCUCUAUGCUGGAGCUUAUUAUUUCAAAUACAAUCAAAAUGAUUGGACAAGGAAAGGAGGCUGGCGAGUAAUUCGCAGUCGUAAUGCCAUCAAUCCCGGAGAUACUCAAUUCCCUAAACUCUCGGAUCGUUCAAAACCAGAAGAUUAUGCUUCUCGUGGAUUUAAUAAAUCAGCUAUUUAAGAAACCAAAAACUAAAAAAUGGAAAGAGAAAAGAAAAGAAUCCGGAUGUAUGCUAAAUGCCAGUUUUGUGUGUUUUAAGAUUUUGCUAACUUUUGAUGCAUUUCUGGUGAAAUAAAAACAAAAAAAGAACGACUUCCAUCAUCGCUCUCGUAGACAUUUUAAGCAAAAGGUCGGUUAA